AUGGAAGUCGGAUUGCUAUGGCUACCUUCAGAUCCAAUGUCGAGAGUAGCUACAGAUGCAGUACUUUGCAAAAAGAUAUUCACCGCACUCUCGUAUGUUCCCCCCUAUUACUCUGUAACCCGGGGUCUCCUGUACAACUGUCUGGUGUUGACCAAUGCGUCUCUUUCUCCCUUCGUGGUGUGUAUGUUUCGGCGGAGGAUCCCAGUUCCCUUGCCCAUAAAAUCAUUAACUCUGCGCCUGGUGGCCCGGGAUCCACGCGUUGUGGGAUCCUCGUCCGGUAUAAUGUUGAGAUUCACCUCUAUUCUCGCGAAAUUGGCAGAAAUCAUUGCCCGUGACGUCAAGGACCUGGCUUCCUUUUCACUGCACAUAGACACUCGCGAGGUUACGGCUGAGUUCUAUAGCUAUGAAUACGCCGAUAUUGAUGCCGCAUUCAGUUACCACGCCCUUGUCCGCCUUUUAGACGCUAUCCCUCCGACCUGUACUAACCUCGAGCUCGAUACUGGGGGCAUUGAAAUGUAUCAAGACGGUGGGCAUUUAUGCGGACAUAUUGCCAGAGUGAUGCCUCAUCUUCGGCAUGUCCGCUUGCGGUUAGGGAGGCUCUGCUCAAAUUUCAUUGACAUCUUUGACGCGGGCAACCUCACCCUCGGUUUACCUGCAUGCCCAAACCUCCGUUGCCUCGUGAUCAAUUCCGAAUAUUUGAGUUGGAGCAACAUCCUCUAUGAAGGCAUGCCCUCAGGCGUAUCAUAA